AAUAAAUUUUAUUAGUUUUGAUAAAUUUUGUUGGGUCUAGAAGGUAUACAUUUCCCAUUUCAUUAUUCAGAGUGUUUGUGUGCACAGAAGAAGUUCCAGAAAGUCUUAAAUUGUGGCAAUGUGAAAUGUUGUUAAAAAAUUUCUUGUUUGCGUUGAUUUUACACUUAGUGGUUCGAGCACAAUGCGAAGACUCACACGAAGUGCUUUUGAAACAAGAAACGAUUGCAGAAUCGGCAAACGAAACGAAAACCGAAGAAAAAGUUGAUGAGUCUGCUACUGAAAGUUCAGAGAUAACACUUGCAUUGAAUGGAAGUGAUCUAGCAUCAACUACAGCAGUAGUUUCCGAUGUAUCAACAUCAGCUUUAGGAAAUGAGACUGAUCACAAUGCAAGUGAGGUAGAAGACUUGACUCUAGCUACAACUGCUCUAGAUAUUGAUAACAAUGACAUAUAUAAUGCAACUACUGACAAUACAACGGUUGAUGGCGAUACUGAAACCACUACACCGUACUUAUCCACAGGAAAUACAGAGCCAGUUAAUGCAACGAUUACAGAUGUAACUGAAAAUACUACAAAUGCCACCGACGAAACAACUAAUACUGAUGAGACGACUAUAAGUAGCAGCGAAGUUACUGCAAAAGAAACAGUUCCUGAUACUACAACCACCACCGAAAUGCCUACUACUCCAAUUGAUAUAUUAUGUCCGCAAGUAGAAGAGGCUGAUAUCGAUCAGAAAUACCGGAAUGAAACAUUCGAACUGUAUCUAGAAGAGUACAUGAAAAAGAAUCCUUUAGCGAAAGUAUACAAAUCUCCCGGAUUCCCAGGUCCAUAUGCCGAAAAUCUAAAUUGUACUUUGAGUGUAACUUUGUCAAACUGCACGGGAGUUCAUGUAUUUGUUCAUUACCUUGACCUAAAUCCUUUUGAGCACGACAGUCUUAACAUCCGAGGUGGUGACGAAGAUGCUACAGAUGAAGAAGGAAAAGAAUUAACUGGACAACAGUUCGGAAUUGAUUUUCACAUAAUUCACAGCACCAGCUUAUACGUUUGGUUCAAGUCUGGCUAUCAUGGUACUCGAGAGUAUCGGGGAUUUCUUCUGACUUAUUCCCCAUACGGCAACGAUACCUUACCGCCGACCACGACAGAAGCACCGAUUACUAUACCUCCAUCAAAUAUAGAAUUCUACCAAUUGCAAUUGGCUUUACCGAAAGGUAGUAGGUCAAAUGAGACAUGGGAAAAAUUUAGAGACGUUCUAACCGAUUCAGCAUCGACAUAUGUGACCGAUCAAAAUCUGAACUAUCAAUUGCCACAUCCAGACAAUGUUACAAUCAAUAUCUACGACUGUCCCGAUAAUUGGCCAAACUACGAGAAUUGUGUGCAGUUACGAUUCGCUAUAGCUCUGUGGAGCUUAGACUAUGAUCCUGACAUUCAUUACGAUGUGAGCAGUUUCGACUACGAAUUAAGUACGAACAGCUUAUCCGUUAUGUGGGACCUAUACGGUCGAGAUGAUUUUUUGGAAAUUUUAGGAGUUGAAGAGUAUACCAUUCCAGAUGGCACAUACAUUCUACUGCUAUGGACCGGUAUUUCGUUAGCCAUUGUUGUCAUAUUUAUUGGAGUUUUGUAUAGUAUUUGGCGGAUAGACAUUUUCCGCGAAUAUCGUCGUAUGCAUAAUAGAAGUGAUGAUCAACAAGACAUUCUUAAAAGCAAGUCUGAAUUGGAUAUUUCCAUGUAUCCCAUACCUCAUCAGCCGUAUCCAACCCUUUUCGAAACUUCCGAAAUGAAUUCAGGAUGUUAUUAUGAUUCGCAUGAAAUGAAUUCGACAUCGUUUCACAAUCAUUCGUUUCAAGAAAAACCAUCGACCAAUUAUCGUCAUUCAAACACUACUCCGUUUACUCCCAAUAUGUUGGACUUUAAUGAUACACAACUUUUCCCAGAUGAUGAAGAAAACUUUGGUAGAGUUCAAUCACUGUCACCACGAUCAAAGCAAAAGCUUCUUGUGUUGGGAGCCAAGAGAGACGAGUCGAACUCGUAAAUUGAAAUUACAAUUUUUCUUAUGUUAAUUGACUUCUGCAUUAAAAAUGAAUAUAUACAUAAUUGAAGCA